AUGUUGCACUACAUUCGAGACAAGACGGCGGUCCCCUACUUCAGUAACCUGGUCUGGUUCAUCGGCUCCCACGUCAUAGAGCUGGACAAGUGUGUUCAGACAGACCAAGAGUGAGUAAAGACACACACACGCACACGCACACACACACACACACACAACACACACACACACACACACACACACACACACACACACACACACACACACACACACACCACACCGCGCACGCACACACAGUCAUGCACACCCCGCACACCACACACACACACACACACACACACACCAACACACACCACACACACAGUACAUGCACACGCGCACACACACACGCGCGCGCGCGCACACACACCACACACACACACACACCACACACACACAGUACACACACACACACAGCAGCAAUGUCAUCAAACUGGACAUUUUACAUUUUUAGUCAUUUAGCAGACGCUCUUAUCCAGAGCGACUUACAGGAGCAAUUAAGUGGUUAAGUGCCUUGCUCAAGGGCACAUCGACAGAUUUUUUUUUUCAACCUAGUCGGCUCGGGGGAUUAGAACCAGCGACCUUUCGGUUACUGGGCACAACGCUCUUAACCGCUAAGCCACCUGCCGGAAGCAAAUGUGUUCAGACUAAGGAAAAGUAAGAGUAGGUCAGUCUUCUUCUAGAUGCUGUUAUUAUUUAGCUACUCACGCAUUUCUAUUGAAAGAGCUGGGUAGGUCUGUACAGACUGUACGUUGAUGAAUGUCUGUGUGUGUGUGUAGGCCUUCAGGGUGAGGAGAUCUUUACCUCUAUCCAACCUUCAGAUGGGUCAUGUUCUCACUGUGUCCACUAGGUGUCAGGGUUGUGUCAGGGGUCCUCUAUCGAACCUUCAGAUGGGUCAUGUUCUCACUGUGUCCACUAGGUGUCAGGGUUGUGUCAGGGGUCCUCUAUCGAACCUUCAGAUGGGUCAUGUUCUCACUGUGUCCACUAGGUGUCAGGGUUGUGUCAGUUUAGACUUUGUACCUGUCAGAGCGAUCAGAUGAAGCUAAUGUCUUCUUGGUAAAGGUUGUGUUUGCGCUGCAUGCUUUGGGUAUACAUUCAGAUACAUGUUGUGAAAGACAAAACAUACACAGUUACGAACUUGAUCAAUACAUAUUGUUACAAACUAGAUCAAUACAGUGAGGGGGAAAAAGUAUUUGAUCCCCUGCUGAUUUUGCACGUUUGCCCACUGACAAAGACAUGAUCAGUCUAUAAUUUUAAUGGUAGGUUUAUUUGAACAGUGAGAGACAGAAUAACAACAACAAAAUCCAGAAAAAUGCAUGUCAAAAAUGUUAUAAAUUGAUUUGCAUUUUAAUGAGGGAAAUAAGUAUUUGACCCCCUCUCAAUCAGAAAGAUUUCUGGCUCCCAGGUGUCUUUUUUUUACAGGUAACGAGCUGCGAUUAGGAGCACACUCUUAAAGGGAGUGCUCCUAAUCUCAGCUUGUUACCUGUAUAAAAGACACCUGUCCACAGAAGCAAUCAAUCAAUCAGAUUCCAAACUCUCCACCAUGGCCAAGACCAAAGAGCUCUCCAAGGAUGUCAGGGAUAAGAUUGUAGACCUACACAAGGUUGGAAUGGGCUACAAGACCAUCGCCAAGCAGCUUGGUGAGAAGGUGACAACAGUUGGUGCGAUUAUUUGCAAAUGGAAGAAACACUGUCAAUCUCCCUCGGCCUGGGGCUCCAUGCAAGAUCUCACUUCGUGGAGUUGCAAUGAUCAUGAGAACGGUGAGGGAUCAGCCCAGAACUACAUGGGAGGAUCUUGUCAAUGAUCUCAAGGCAGCUGGGACCAUAGUCACCAAGAAAACAAUUGGUAACACACUACGCCGUGAAAGACUGAAAUCCUGCAGCGCCCGCAAGGUCCCCCUGCUCAAGAAAGCACAUAUACAGGCCCGUCUGAAGUUUGCCAAUGAACAUCUGAAUGAUUCAGAGGAGAACUGGGUGAAAGUGUUGUGGUCAGAUGAGACCAAAAUCGAGCUCUUUGGCAUCAACUCAACUCGCCGUGUUUGGAGGAGGAGGAAUGCUGCCUAUGACCCCAAGAACACCAUCCCCACCGUCAAACAUGGAGGUGGAAACAUGCUUUGGGGGUGUUUUUCUGCUAAGGGGACAGGACAACUGCACCGCAUAGAAGGGACGAUGGACGGGGCCAUGUACCGUCAAAUCUUGGGUGAGAACCUCCUUCCCUCAGCCAGGGCAUUGAAAAUGGGUUGUGGAUGGGUAUUCCAGCAUGACCCAAAACACACGGCCAAGGCAACAAAGGAGUGGCUCAAGAAGAAGGACAUUAAGGUCCUGGAGUGGCCUAGCCAGUCUCCAGACCUUAAUCCCAUAGAACAUCUGUGGAGGGAGCUGAAGGUUCGAGUUGCCAAAUGUCAGCCUCGAAACCUUAAUGACUUGGAGAAGAUCUAAAAAGAGGAGUGGGACAAAAUCCCUCCUGAGAUGUGUGCAAACCUGGUGGCCAACUACAAGAAACGUCUGACCUCUGUGAUUGCCAACAAGGGUUUUUCCACCAAGUACUAAGUCAUGUUUUGUAGAGGGGUCAAAUACUUAUUUCCCUCAUUAAAAUGCAAAUCAAUUUAUAACAUUUUUGACAUGCGUUUUUCUGGAUUUAUUUGUUGUUAUUCUGUCUCUCACUGUUCAAAUAAACCUACCAUUAAAAUUAUAGACUGAUCAUUUCUUUGUCAGUGGGCAAACGUACAAAAUCAGCAGGGGAUCAAAUACUUUUUUCCCUCACUGUACAUACUGUUACAAACUAGAUCAAUACAUGCUGUUACAAAGUUGAUCAAUACAUACUGUUACAAACGUGAUCAAUACAUUACAUACUGUUACAAACUAGAUCAAUACAUUACAUACUGUUACAAACUAGAUCAAUACAUUACAUACUGUUACAAACUAGAUCAAUACAUUGCAUACUGUUACAAACUAGAUCAAUACAUACUGUUACAAACUAGAUCAAUACAUACUGUUACAAACUAGAUCAAUACAUUACAUACUGUUACAAACUAGAUCAAUACAUACUGUUACAAACUAGAUCAAUACAUUACAUACUGUUACAAACUAGAUCAAUACAUACUGUUACAAACUAGAUCAAUACAUUACAUACUGUUACAAACUAGAUCAAUACAUUACAUACUGUUACAAACUAGAUCAAACAUUACAUACUUUACAAACUAGAUCAAUACAUACUGUUACAAACUAGAUCAAUACAUUACAUACUGUUACAAACUAGAUCAUAUCAUACUGUUACAAACUAGAUCAACAUACAUUGUUACAAACUAGAUCAAUACAUACACUGUUACAAACUAGAUCAAUACAUUACUACUGUUACAAACUAGAUCAAUACAUUACAUUACAAACUAGAUCAUACAUACUGUUACAAACUAGAUCAAUACAUUACAUACUGUUACAAACUAGAUCAAUACAACAACUGUUACAAACUAGAUCAAUACAUUACAUACUGUUACAACAACUAGAUCAAUACAUACAUGUUACAAACUAGAUCAAUACAUACAACUGUUACAAACUAGUCAAUACAUUACAUACUGUUACAAACUAGAUCAAUCAUACAUAUGUUACAAUAACUAAUUACAUACUGUUACAAACUAGAUCAAUACUUUACUGUUACAAACUAGAUCAAUACAUACUGUUACAACUAAUCAAUACACGUUACAACUAGAUCAAUACACACUGUUACAAACUAGAUCAAUACACACUGUUACAUAAUGUUACAAACUAGUAAUACAAUUACAUACUGUUACAAACUAGAUCAACUACAUACUGUUACAAACUAGAUCAAUACAUACACUGUUACAAACUAGAUCAAUACUCACUGUUACAAAUAGUCAAUAAUACGUUACAAACUAGAUCAAUAAUUACAUACUUACAAACUAGAUCAAUACAUUACAUACUGUUACAAACUAGAUCAAUACAUCACUGUACAAACUAGAUCAACAAUUUUACAACUAGAUACAACAAUUACAAUACAUUACACACUGUUACAAACUAGAUCAAUACACACUGUUACAAACUAGAUCAAUACAUUACAUACUGUUACAAACUAGAUCAAUACACACUGUUACAAACUAGAUCAAUACAUUACAUACUGUUACAAACUAGAUCAAUACAUUACACACUGUUACAAACUAGAUCAAUACAUUACAUACUGUUACAAACUAGAUCAAUAACAUACUGUUACAAACUAGAUCAAUACACACUGUUACAAACUAGAUCAAUACAUUACAUACUGUUACAAACUAGAUCAAUACAUUACAUACUGUUACAAACUAGAUCAAUACAUACUGUUACAAACUAGAUCAAUACACACUGUUACAAACUAGAUCAAUACAUACUGUUACAAACUAGAUCAAUACAUUACAUACUGUUACAAACUAGAUCAAUACAUACUGUUACAAACUAGAUCAAUACAUACUGUUACAAACUAGAUCAAUACAUUACAUACUGUUACAAACUAGAUCAAUACAUACUGUUACAAACUAGAUCAAAACAUUACAUACUGUUACAAACUAGAUCAAUACAUUACAUACUGUUACAAACUAGAUCAAUACAUUACACACUGUUACAAACUAGAUCAAUACAUUACAUAGUGUUACAAACUAGAUCAAUACAUACUGUUACAAACUAGAUCAAUACAUACUGUUACAAACUAGAUCAAUACACACUGUUACAAACUAGAUCAAUACAUUACAUACUGUUACAAACUAGAUCAAUACAUUACAUACUGUUACAAACUAGAUCAAUACACACUGUUACAAAACUAGAAUCAAUACAUUACAUACUGUUACAAAACUAGAUCAAUACAUUACAUACUGUUACAAACUAGAUCAAAACAUUACAUACUGUUACAAACUAGCUCAAAUACAUUACAUAACUGUUACAAACUUAGAUCAAUACAUUACCACACUGUUACAACUAGAUCAAAAACAGUUAACAUACUGUUACAAACUAGAUCAAUACAUUACACACUGUUACAAACUAGAUCAAUACAAUACACACUGUUACAAACUAGAUCAAUACAUUACAUGCUGUUACAAACUAGAUCAAUACAUUACAUACUGUUACAAACUAGAUCAAUACAUACUGUUACAAACUAGAUCAAUACAUUACAUACUGUUACAAACUAGAUCAAUACAUUACAUACUGUUACAAACUAGAUCAAUACAUACUGUUACAAACUAGAUCAAUACAUUACAUACUGUUACAAACUAGAUCAAUACAUACUGUUACAAACUAGAUCAAUACACACUGUUACAAACUAGAUCAAUACAUUACAUACUGUUACAAACUAGAUCAAUACAUUACAUACUGUUACAAACUAGAUCAAUACAUUACAUAGUGUUACAAACUAGAUUAAUACAUUACAUACUGUUACAAACUAGAUCAAUACAUUACAUACUGUUACAAACUAGAUCAAUACAUUACAUUCUGUUACAAACUAGAUCAUUACACACUGUUACAAACUAGAUCAAUACAUUACAUACUGUUACAAACUAGAUCAAUACAUUACAUACUGUUACAAACUAGAUCAAUACAUACUGUUACAAACUAGAUCAAUACAUUACAUACUGUUACAAACUAGGUCAAUACAUACUGUUACAAACUAGAUCAAUACAUACUGUUACAAACUAGAUCAAUACAUACUGUUACAAACUAGAUCAAUACAUACUGUUACAAACUAGAUCAAUACACACUGUUACAAACUAGAUCAAUACUGUCAAUGGAAGGGGAAAAAAAAGUGCAGUGUGUUAAUGUAAGACUGAUGCAUGAUGGGAGAUGCCCUCCCCUCCCCCAUCCAGGCAUCGGAACAGGGGGAAGCUGAGUGACUUGGUAGCAGAACAUCUUGAUCAUCUCCACUACCUCAACGAUAUCCUCACUAUCAAUUGUGAGUUCCUGAACGAUGUCCUGACAGACCACCUCCUCAACCGCCUGUUCCUACCCCUCUAUGUCUUCUCUCUGGUCUGCCCUGAACAGGUAGGUGGAGGGGGGUGGGUGGUUGGGGGUGGUUGUGGGGGUGGGUGGUUGUGGGUAGGUGUGGGUGGUUGUGGGUGUGGGUGGUUGUGGGUAGGUGUGGAUGUACAGCUGGUGUGGGUAUGUAUGUGUACCGGUGUAACCAAUACUAUGUGUACCUGACAUGUUGUCUUGUCUGUUGCAGUCUGAAGAUCGUAAGAUCAACCCUCAGGUGUCCCUUAACCUGCUGUCACAGGUGUGUACCUGCGCACACACACACGCACACACACACACACACACACACACACACACACACACACACACACAAUGACACCUCACCACACCUCACCACAUCACACCAGACCACACCUCACCCCACCCAACCACAUCACACCAGACCACACCUCACCCCACCUAGGUGUUCUCAUAUCCUACAACUGGUAAUCUCUGGCUGAGUAUUUCAAGGAGCUGUCUGCUUCAACAAAAACACGUGAGUGUACCCCCCCCCAACACCACGAACACACACACCCACCCAGACCCCGGGAACCACACUCACCAUCACUUACCAGAUCACACCAAACACGGGUGUGGUGGGGUGGGUUGAAGUGGUGUUGGAUGUAGGGUCAGGUGUUCCGAGGAUUUGGUCGUUGAUCUUUGUGUGGUAGUGUGCAGUACCACUGAUGGUAUGUCAGUUACCGUUUAACAUACUUGUGUACCCGACAUGUUGUCUGUCAUUUGCAGUCUGAAGAUCGUAGAUUAUCAACCCUCAGGGUCCCUUAACCUGCUGUCACAGUUGUGUACCUUCACACACAACAGCAUUACCAAGACACUACACUGACACACCACACACACAUACCACACACAUGACACCUCGUACACACCACCACAGACACCAUCAGACAACACUCACCCACCUGCAAGCACAUCACCUUAUACACUACACCUCAUUCCACCCAGAUGGAACAAAGAAAUACUUGUUCAACCACUGAGUUACAUGUUGAACUUAUUUGUUGGUGGGUCUGGACUUCCUCUACUGUAUUGUUUUCAUACCAUUACGAACCCUGGUCAACUUCUGCUGUAUUCAUCCACUUCAAACGGAGACCUUUCUGUCUUCACAACAACCACAAAACAACCGUGAGUUGUUAACAUACAUCACAACCCACAACAACACAAGAACACACACCACAACAGACAUCAAACACAUCUAUCAACACACAUGAAGACAUUACCAAAACAUACACAUUCAACCACAUGAGACGAUACACUUAGACAUCACACACUGACACCACAUAAGACACAUACCAUCACACUACAUACAUCACACCACUGAAGCACAUUACCACUAGACUCUACACCACGUUAUCACACCCACAUGAGACAUACCAUCAUACAACUGAUCACACCACAUAACAUACCAUGACAUACAUCUACAACCACUAGACAUUACCAAACAUACACAUUCAACACACAUGCAGCACUACCAUAACUCAUUACAUCUGUUCACCACGAAGACUUACCAUUCAUCAUUCAUCACCACGAAGACAUUACCAUUCAUACAUUAUCUGUUAUUCAACCCACAUGAAGACAUUACCAUUAGAUACAUUAUCUGUUAUUCAACCCACAUGAAGACAUUACCAGUUAGAUACAUUACAUCUGUUAUUCAACCCAUGAAGACAUUACCAUUUAGAUACAUUAUCUGUUAUUCAACCCACAUGAAGACAUUACCAUUCAGAUACAUUAUCUGUUAUUCAACCCACAUGAAGACAUUACCAUUUAGAUACAUUAUCUGUUAUUCAACCCACAUGAAGACAUUACCAUUUAGAUACAUUAUCUGUUAUUCAACCCACAUGAAGACAUUACCAUUUAGAUACAUUACAUCUGUUAUUCAACCCACAUGAAGACAUUACCAUUCAGAUACAUUAUCUGUUAUUCAACCCACAUGAAGACAUUACCAUUUUAGAUACAUUACAUCUGUUAUUCAACCCACAUGAAGACAUUACCAUUCAGAAACAGUGCUAUGAAAAAGUAUUUGCCCCCUUUCUAAUUUUCUCAAUUUUUGCAUAUUUGUGAUACUGAAUGUUAUCAGAUCUUCAACCAAAACCUAAUAUUAGAUAAAGGGAACAUAAGUGAACAAAUAACACAACAAUUACAUAUUUAUUUCAUAAACAAAGUUAUGCAACACCCAAUUCCCCUGUGUGAAAAAGUAAUUGCACCCUUACACUCAAUAACUGGUUGUGCCACCUUUAGCUGCAAUGACUCCCACCAAAUGCUACCUGUAGUUGUUGAUCAGUCUCUCACGUCGCUGUGGAGGAAUUUUGGCCCGCUCUUCCAUGCAGAACUGCUUUAACUCAGCGACAUUUGUGGGUUUUCAAGCAUGAACUGCUUGUUUCAAGUCUUGCCACAACAUCUCAAUUGGGAUUAGGUCUGGACUUUGACUAGGCCAUUCCAAAACUUCCAAUUUGUUGCUUUUUAGCAAUUUUCAUGUAGACUUGAUUGUGUGUUUUGGAUCAUUGUCUUGCUGCAUGACCCAGCUGGGCUUUUAAUUACUUUUUCACACAGGGGAAUUGGGUGUUGCAUAACUUUGUUUAUGAAAUAAAUAUGUAAUUGUUGUGUUAUUUGUUCACUUAUGUUCCCUUUAUCUAAUAUUAGGUUUUGGUUGAAGAUCUGAUAACAUUCAGUAUCACAAAUAUGCAAAAGUAGAGAAAAUUAGAAAGGGGGCAAAUACAUUUUUCAUUUACAUUUACGUCAUUUAGCAGACGCUCUUAUCCAGAGCGACUUACAAAUAGGUGCAUUCACCUUAUAGCCAGUGGGAUAACCACUUUACAAUUUAUUUAUUUUUUUGGUGGGGGCGGGGGGGUAGAAGGAUUACUUUAUCCUAUCCCAGGUAUUCCUUAAAGAGGUGGGGUUUCAAAUGUCUCCGGAAGGUGGUGAGUGACUCCGCUGUCCUGGCGUCGUGAGGGAGCUUGUUCCACCAUUGGGGUGCCAGAGCAGCGAACAGUUUUGACUGGGCUGAGCGGGAACUGUGCUUCCGCAGAGGAAGGGGAGCCAGCAGGCCAGAGGUGGAUGAACGCAAUGCCCUCGUUUGGGUGUAGGGACUGAUCAGAGCCUGAAGGUACGGAGGUGCCGUUCCCCUCACAGCUCCGUAGGCAAGCACCAUGGUCUUGUAGCACUGUUUCUGAAUGGUAAUGUCUUCAUGUGGGUUGAAUAACAGAUAAUGUAUCUGAAUGGUAAUGUCUUCAUGUGGGUUGAAUAACAGAUAAUGUAUCUGAAAUGGUAAUGUCUUCAUAUGGGUUUGAAUAACAGAAAUGUAUCUGAAAUGGUAAUGUCUUCAUGUGGGUUGAAUAACAGAUAAUGUAUCUGAAUGGUAAUGUCUUCAUGUGUUUGAAUAACAGAUAAUGUAUCUGAAUGGUAAUGUCUUCAUGUGGGUUGAAUAACAGAUAAUGUAUCUGAAUGGUAAUGUCUUCAUGGGUUGAAUAACAGAUAAUGUAUCUGAAUGGUAAUGUCUUCAGUGGGUUGAAUAACAAUAAUGAUCUGAAUGGUAAUGUCUUCAUGGGUUGAAUAACAGAUAAUGUAUCUGAAUGGUAAUGUCUUCAUAUGGGUUGAAUAACAGAUAAUGUAUCUGAAUGGUAAUGUCUUCAUGUGGGUUGAAUAACAGAUAAUGUAUCUGAAUGGUAAUGUCUUCAUGUGGGUUGAAUAACAGAUAAUGUAUCUGAAUGGUAAUGUCUUCAUGUGGGUUGAAUAACAGAUGUAAUGUAUCUAAAAUGGUAAUGUCUUCAUGUGGGUUGAAUAACAGAUGUAAUGUAUCUAAAAUGGUAAUGUCUUCAUGUGGGUUGAAUAACAGAUAAUGUAUCUAAUGGUAAUGUCUUCAUGUGGGUUGAAUAACAGAUGUAAUGUAUCUAAAUGGUAAUGUCUUCAUGGGGUUGAAUAACGAUUAUGUAUCUAAAUGGUAAUGUCUUCAUGUGGAUUGAAUAACCAUAAGUAAUUGAAUAUCUUUAUUCAAUGGUAAGACUCCUGAUCUGUUGUUCAACCCACAUGAAGACUACCAUUAGAUACAUUAAUCUGUUAUUCAACCCACAUGAGACAUUACCAUUCAGAUACAUAUCUGUUAUCAACCCACAUGAAGACAUACCAUUAGAUACAUUACAUCUGUUAUUCAACCCACAUGAAGACAUUACCAUUCAGAUACAUUAUCUGUUAUUCAACCCACAUGAAGACAUUACCAUUCUAGAACAUUAAUCUGUUAUUCAACCCACAUGAAGACAUUACCAUUUAGAUACAUUACAUCUGUUAUUCAACCCACAUGAAGACAUUACCAUUCAGAUACAUUAUCUGUUAUUCAACCCAAUGAAGACAUUACCAUUCAGAUACUUACUCUGUUUAACCAUGAGACAUACCAUUUAUAAUCAUUCAUUUUAUUCACCCCCAUGAAGACAUUACCAUUCAGAUACAUUAUCUGUUAUUCAACCCACAUUAAGCAUUAACCCAUUCAGAUACAUUAUCUGUUAUUCAACCCACAUGAAGACAUUACCAUUCAGAUACAUUAUCUGUUAUUCAACCCACAUGAAGACAUUACCAUUCAGAUACUUAUCUGUUAUUCAACCCACAUGAAGACAUUACCAUUCAGAUACAUUAUCUGUUAUUCAACCCACAUGAAGACAUUACCAUUCAGAUACAUUAUCUGUUAUUCAACCCACAUGAAGACAUUACCAUUCAGAUACAUUAUCUGUUAUUCAACCCACAUGAAGACAUUACCAUUUAGAUACAUUAUCUGUUAUUCAACCCACAUGAAGACAUUACCAUUUUAGAUACAUUACAUCUGUUAUUCAACCCACAUGAAGACAUUACCAUUCAGAUACAUUAUCUGUUAUUCAACCCACAUGAAGACAUUACCAUUCAGAUACAUUAUCUGUUAUUCAACCCACAUGAAGACAUUACCAUUCAGAUACAUUAUCUGUUAUUCAACCCACAUGAAGACAUUACCAUUCAGAUACAUUAUCUGUUAUUCAACCCACAUGAAGACAUUACCAUUCAGAUACAUUAUCUGUUAUUCAACCCACAUGAAGACAUUACCAUUCAGAUACAUUAUCUGUUAUUCAACCCACAUGAAGACAUUACCAUUCAGAUACAUUAUCUGUUAUUCAACCCCACAUGAAGACAUUACCAUUCAGAUACAUUAUCUGUUAUUCAACCCACAUGAAGACAUUACCAUUCAGAUACAUUAUCUGUUAUUCAACCCACAUGAAGACAUUACCAUUCAGAUACAUCUGUUAAUCAACUGGCAGUGUUAAGCUCUGCAUCAUCAUUUGUUUUGGGAGCGGCCUCUCGCUGGUGAAGAACAUGUGACUUUGGCUUGCGUGUGUCAGCGUGUGUGUCUCUGUGUGUGUGUGUGUGUGUGUCUGUGUGUGUGUGUGUGUGUGGUCUGUGACUAUAAUUAUUUUCUGAGCGUGAGUGAUUUACCAGAAAAUGCUCGCUGCAUGCUGCAGACACACACACACACACACACCACACACACACACACACACACACACACACACACACACAUACACACACACACACACACACACACACACACACACAGACACACACACACACACACACACACACACACAGACUUUCAACGACAACAAAACAUGGUAGCUAGAAUGUGGUGCAGUUAAAAGUGGAGAAUUGGUUGUGUGGGUGACUGUACGUCUCAAAUAGGUGGUGUCUUAUUCCAGACAUACACUAUACAGUGCAUUGGGAAAGUAUUCAGACCCCUUGACUUUUUCCACAUUUUGUUACGUUACAGCCUUAUUCUAAAAUUGAUUAAAUUGUUUUUUUCGACCUCAUCAAUCUACACACAAUACCCCAUAAUGGUUGGUUUUUGCUCUGACAUGCACUGUCAACUGAGGGACCUUACAUAGACAGGUGUGUGCCUUUCCAAAUCAUGUCCAAUCAAUUGAAUUUACCACAGGUGGACUCCAAUCAAGGUUGUAGAAACAUUUCAAGGAAUGAUCAAUGGAAACAGGAUGCACCUGAGCUCAAUUACGAGUCUCAUAGCAAAGGGUCUGAAUACGUACGUAAAUAAGGUAUUUCAGUUUUUUAUGUGGAAAAAGUCAAUGGGUCUGAAUAUUUUCCGAAUGCACUGUAUAUAUACAGAAGUAUGUGGACACACCCCUUCAAAUUGCUGGCAGUAGAAUGGCCUUACUGAAGAGCUCAGUGACUUUCAACGUGGCACCGUCAUAGGAUGCCACCUUUCCAACAAGUCAGUUCGUCACAUUUCUGCCCUGCUAGAGCUGCCCCCGGUCAACUGUAAGUGCUGUUAUUGUGGAGUGGAAACGUCUAGGAGCAACAACGGCUCAGCCGCAAAGUGGUAGGCCACACAAGCUCACAGAACGGGACCGCCGAGUGCUGAAGCGCGUAGCGCGUAAAAAUCAUCUGUCCUUGGUUGCAACACUCACUGCAGAGUUCCAAACUUUCUCUGGAAGCAACGUUCGUCGGGAAGAACUGUUCGUCGGGGCUUCCAUGAAAUGGGUUUCCAUGGCCGAGCAGCCGCACACAAACCCUAAGAUCACCAUGCGCAAUGCCAAGCGUCGGCUGGAGUGGUGUAAAGCUUGCCGCCAUUGGACUCUGGAGCAGUGGAAACGCGUCCUCUGGAGUGAUGAAUCACACUUCACCAUCUGGCAGUCCGACGGACGAAUCAGGGUUUGGCGGAUGCCAGGAGAACGCUACCUGCCCCAUGCAUAGUGCCAACUGUAAAGUUUGGUGGAGGAGGAAUAAUGGUCUGGGGCUGUUUUUCAUGGUUCAGGUCCCUUAGUUCUAGUGAAGGGAAAUCUUAACGCUACAGCAUACAGUGAGGGGAAAAAGUAUUUGAUCCCCUGCUGAUUUUGUACGUUUGCCCACUGACAAAGAAAUGAUCAGUCUAUAAUUUUAAUGGUAGGUUUAUUUGAACAGUGAGAGACAGAAUAACAACAACAAAAAUCCAGAAAAACGUUAUAAAUUGAUUUGCAUUUUAAUGAGGGAAAUAAGUGUUUGACCCCCCCCUCAAUCAGAAAGAUUUCUGGCUCCCUCUUAAAGGGAGUGCUCCUAAUCUCAGACUUGUUACCUGUAUAAAAGACACCUGUCCACAGAGCAAUCAUUCAAUCAGAUUCCAAACUCUCCCCAUGGCCAGACCAAAGAGCUCUCCAAGGAUGUCAGGACAAGAUUGUAGACCUACACAAGGCUGGAAUGGGCUACAAGACCAUCGCCAAGCAGCUUGGUGAGAAGGUGACAACAGUUCGUGCGAUUAUUUGCAAAUGGAAGAAACACAAAAGAACCUGUCAAUCUCCCUCGGCCUGGGCCAUCCAGGCAAGAUCUCACCUCGUGAAGAUGCAAUGAUCAUGAGAACGGUGAGGAAUCAGCCCAGAACUACACGGGAGGAUCUUGUCAUGAUCCAAGACCAUCUGGGGACCAUAGUCCCACCAACGAAAAGAAUUGGUAAACACACUACGCCGUGAAGGACAUGAAAAUCCUGUCAGCGCCCGCCAAGGGUCCCCCUGCUCACAUCUGAAUGUAUUCACCAGAGGAGAACUGGGUGAAGAGUGUUUGUGGGUCAAGAUGAGACCCAAAAUGGAGCUCUUUGGCAUCAAACUCAACUCGGCCGUGUUGCAGGAGGGGGGAAUGCUGCCUUAUGACUCCCAAGAAACACCAUCCCCACCGUCAAACAUGGAGGUGGUAAACAUUAUGCUUGGGGGUGUUUUUCUACUAACGGGGACAGGACAACGUCACUGCAAUCCCAAAGGGACGAUGGACGGGGCCAAUGUACCGUCAAAUCUUGGGUGAUGAACCUCCUACCUCAGCCAUUGGCAUUGAAAAUGGGUCGCGGAUGGGGUAUUCCAGCAUGACAAUGACCCAAAACACACGGCCAAGGCAACAAAGGAGUGGCUCAAGAAGAAGCACAUUAAGGUCCUGGAGUGGCCUAGCCAGUCUCCAGACCUUAAUCCCAUAGAAAAUCUGUGGAGGGAGCUGAAGGUUCGAGUUGCCAAACGUCAGCCUCGAAACCUUAAUGACUUGGAGAAGAUCUGCAAAGAGGAGUGGGACAAAAUCCCUCCUGAGAUGUGUGCAAACCUGGUGGCCAACUACAAGAAACGUCUGACCUCUGUGAUUGCCAACAAGGGUUUUGCCACCAAGUACUAAGUCAUGUUUUGCAGAGGGGUCAAAUACGUAUUUCCCUCAUUAAAAUGCAAAUCAAUUUAUAACAUUUUUGACAUGCGUUUUUCUGGAUUUUGUUGUUGUUAUUCUGUCUCUCACUGUUCAAAUAAACCUACCAUUAAAAUUAUAGACUGAUCAUGUCUUUGUCAGUGGGCAAACGUACAAAAUUAGCAGGGGAUCAAAUACUUUUUUCCCUCUCUGUACAAUGACAUUCUAGACGAUUCUGUGCUUCCAACUUUAUGGCAACGGUUUGGGGGAAGUUCCCUUUCCUGUUUCAGCAUGCCCCCGUGCACAAAGCGAGGUCCAAACAGAAAUGGUUUGUUGAGAUUUGGGAUGAAUUGGAACGCCGACUGCGAGCCAGGCCUAAUCGCCCAACAUCAGUGCCCGACCUCACUAAUGCUCUCGUGGCAGAAUGGAAGCAAGUCCCCAUCAGCAAUGUUCCAACAUCUAGUGGAAAAGCCUUCCCAGAAGAGUGGAGGCUGUUAUAGCAGCUAAGGGGGGACCAACUCCAUAUUAAUGCCCAUGAUUUUGGAAUGAGAUGUUUGACCAGCAGGUGUCCACAUACUGUUGGUCAUGUUGUGUAAGUCCUGUACUACUGAAAUAAAACCAAUAACUCUGUUACUGUUAGUCAAUGGAAGACUGUUCUGUAGUGGGGUCCUAUUAAAACGGUUACUGUUAGUCAAUGGAAGACUGUUCUCCCGAGUGGCGCAGUGGUCUAAGGCUGUGCCACUAGAGAUCCUGGUUUGAAUCCAGGCUCUGUCGUAGCCGGCCGCGACCGGGAGACCCCAUGGGGCGGCGCACAAUUGGCCCAGCGUCGUCCAGGGUAGGGGAGGGAAUGGCCGGCAGGGGAUGUAGCUCAGUUGGUAGAGCAUGGCGUUUUGCAACGCCAGGGUUGUGGGUUCGAUUCCCAAGGGGGGCCAGUAUGAAAAAUUAUAAAUAGAUAAGAGCGUCUGCUAAAUGACUAAAAUGUAAAACUGUUACUGUUAGUCAAUGGAAGACUGUUUUAGAGUAAAAUGUCCCUGGUGUUUUGGGGGAUGUGAUGGAAUAACCUCCUUAUCUCUUCUAGAUAUUAUUUACAUGGACAAGAAAAACAAAUUCAGCUGUAAAAAAUCACCAUUCAAAUCAUCUGUAUCUUCCUUGUUUAGAAAACGGUCCUCCUUUUCAUCCUGUCAGGAAGUGUAUUAAUGGAUGAAUGGAUGUUCUCAUUACUGCUGCUGACUUCCUGGUCCUCUGUAGCUCAGCUGGUAGAGCACGGCGCUUGUAGCGCCAAAGGUAGUGGGUUCGAUUCCCCGGGACCACCCAUAUACAAAAAAAUUAUGCACGCAUGACUUUAAGUCGCUUUGGAUAAAAGCGUCUGCUAAAUGGCAUAUAAUAAUAAUAAUUAUUAUUAUUAUUAUUAUUAUUAUUAUUAUUAUUAUUUAUUAUUAUUAUUAUUUACUUCUUAGAAGGCAUGUUGGUUGAUUACUGCUUACUGGCACACACACAUACACACAUUGUACAUACUCGCAUACGUACACACACACACACACACACACACAUACACACAUUGUACAUACUCGCAUACGUACACACACACACACACACACACAUACACACAUUGUACAUACUCGCAUACGUACACACACACACACACACACACACAUACACACAUUGUACAUACUCGCAUACGUACACACACACACACACACACACAACACAUUGUACAUACUCGCAUACGUACACACACACACACACACACACACACACAUACACACAUUGUACAUACUCGCAUACGUACAUACACCACACACACACACAUUGUACAUACUCGCAUACGUACACACACACACACACACACACACAUUGUACAUACUCGCAUACGUACACACACACACACACACACACACACACAUACACACAUUGUACAUACUCGCAUACGUACACACACACACACAAACACACACACACACACACCACACACACACACACACAGACAUUGUACAUACUCGCAUACGUACACACACACACACACACACACACACAUUGUACAUACUCGCAUACGUACACACACACACACACACACACACACACACAUUGUACAUACUCGCAUACGUACACACACACACACACACACACACAAACACACACACCUGUGUGUAUGGUAACGUUGGUCUUACAUGAUACUAAGCUACAGGGCUGUUUUGCGAGCACAGACUGGAAUAUGUUUCGGGAUUCAUCUUGAGUUUUACCAUAUCGACGACAUCGUCCACACGGUGACUAUACGUUCGUACAGCGCGUUCUGAAAAAUAUUCAGACCCCGUCCUUUUUCCACAUUUCGCUACGUUACAGCAUUAUUCUAAAAUUGAUUAAACAAAAUUUUUUCCCUCAUCAAUCUACACACAAUAUCACAUAAUGACAAAGCGAAAUCAGGCAAAUGUAUUAAAAAUAAAAAAAACGCAUACCUUAUUUACGUAAGUAUUCAGACCCUUUGUUAUGAGACUCGAAAUUGCGCUCAGGCGCAUCCUGUUUCCAAUGAUCAUCCUUGAGAUGUUUCUACAACCUUGAUUGGAGUCCACCUGUGGAAAAUUCAAUUGAUUAGACAUUAUUUGGAAAGGCACACACCUGUCUAUAUAAGGUCCCAAAGUUGACAGUGCAUGUCAGAGCAAAAACCAAGCCAUGAGGUCGAAGGAAUUGUCCGUAAAGCUCAGAGACAGGAUUGUGUCGAGGCACAGAUCUGGGGAAGGGUACCAAAACAUUUCUGCAGCGUUGAAGGUCCCCAAGAACACAGUGGCCUCCAUCAUUAUUAAAUCCCUCUCUCCCUCCCUCCCCCAUCCCUCUCUCCCUCCCUCCCUCCCCCAUCCCUCUCUCCCUUCCUCCCUCCCCCCGUCCCUCCCUCUCUCCCUCCCUCCCUCCCCCCGUCCCUCUCUCCUUCUGUCUCUCCAGGUGAGCGCAGGCGUGCGUCGGUUCACCAAGCCUCCCGAGUCUCUGGAGCGGUCUCUGGAGCUGUCCUGCAAUCGGGGGCGCAAGCGAGCCCAGAAACGGCCCAACUACAAGAACCUGGGAGAGGAGGAGGAGGAGGAGGAGAGGCCGGGGGGAGGAAGAGAGGAGGGCUUGGAGGAUGGAGAGAGGGAGAAGGCUCCAGGUACAGAAGGGAGUAGUAAAGGGAUCGGCAGGACUAGUGGGGAGAUGGAAGGUGAGUGUGUCUGUGUGUACAGGACAGGACAACUACAUAUCCCAUCACCACCCUGGGAUUACCUACCCAGCAGCCAGUGCGGCAGUGGCCCUCUUCUCCAAAACUGUCACCCUCUGAAAUAAAUUAUAAAACAGAUCCAUAGAUUUAAAAUUCGAAUCAAAUUCAUAUGAAACUGUAGAUCAGUGUCUCUCUGUCUCCCCCCUCCUUAAAGACUGAAUAAAUAGGACCGUUUUAUCAUCUGAACACUAAAAUCCAGUUUGGAGACCAGGCCUGCCUUCUCUCUGUGAAUGCCUGUCACUCACCUGGUCUCCAUGGUUACAACUGUCACUACCACAGUCUCCCAUGGUUACGCCUGUGUCUACCCCGGUCUCCAUGGUUACACCAUUCAUCCGUCUCCACUCGUACCCUGUUCUCCUUUAUAUUAUUGGAACGCCGAAUGCGAGCAGGCCUAAUCGCACCAACAUCAGUGCCCGACCUCACUAAUGCUCUGUGGCAAGAAUGGAAGCAAGUCCCCAUCAGCAAUGUUCAAACAUCUAGUGGAAAGCCUUUACCAGAAGAGUGGGAGGUGUUAUAGCAGCUAAGGGGGGACCACACUCCAAUAUAAUGCCCCUGAUUUUGGAAUUGAGAUGUUGACCAGCAGGUGUCCACAUACUGUGGUCAUGUUGUGUUAAGUCAUGUACUACUGAAAUAAAACCAAUUACCUAGGUUACUGUUAGUCAAUGGAUGGACUGUUCUGUAGUGGGUCCUAUUAAAACGGUUACUGUAGUCAAUGGAAAGAUGGCUCCCGAGUAACUACCAGUAGUGGCGAGUGGUCUAAGGCUGUGCCAAUAGAGAUCCUUGGUUUGAGAUCCAGGCUCUGUAGUAGCGCCGCGGACCGGGAGACCCCAUGAGGGCGCGGCGAACCAAUUGGCCCAGCGUGUCCACGGGUAGUGGAGGGGAAUGGCCCGGCAGGGAUGUAGACCCUAGUUGAUAGAGUCAUGCGUUGCAACGACAGGGUUGUGGGUUCGAUUCCCAGGGGGGCCAGUAGAAAAAUUAUUAAAUAGAAUAAGGCGUCUGCCUAAAUGACUGAAAAUGUAAAAACAUGUUACUGUUAGUCAAGGGAAGACGUUUUUUAGCGUAAAAUGUCCCUGGUUUGGGGGAUGUGAUGGAAUAAACCUCCUUAGCUCUUCUAGAUAUUAUUGAAAGAGGACAAGCAAAACAAAUUCAGCUGUAAAAAAAUCACCAUUCAAAUCAUCUGUAUCUUCUGUUAGAAAACGGUACUCUCCUUUUCAUCAUGUUCAGGAGUGUAGUAAGGAUGAAUGGAGGUUCUCAGUACUGCUGCUGGACUGUCCGGUCACUCUGUAGCCCAGAGGGUAGAAGCAAGGCGCGCUGACUAGCGCCAAAGGUAGUGGGUUCGCUUCCGGGACAAUCCCCUAUACAAAAAAUUAUGCAAGCAUGACUUUAAGUCGCUUUGGAUAAAAGCGUUUCAUGCUAAUGGCAUAUAAUAAUAAUAAUUAUUAUAUUAUUAUUAUUAUUAUUAUUAUAUUAUUAUUUUUUAUUAUUAUUUAUUUACUUUCUUAGAAGGCAUGUGGGUUGAUUACGCUUCUGGCACACACACAUACACACAUGUACAUACUCGACAACGUACACACACACACACACACACACACAACACACCAUUGUACAUACUCGCAUACGUACACACAACAUCACAAACACAACAAAGGCAUACACACAUUGUACAUUACUCGCCUACGUCACACACACACAAACCCACACACACAUACAGCAACAUUGUACAUACUCGCCUACGUACACACACACACACACACACACAUACACACAUUGUACAAUACUCGAACCAUACGUACACACACACACACACCACACACACACACAUUACAAACAUGUAACAUACUCGCAUGUACGACACACACACAAACACACAUUGUACAUACUCGCAUUAAGUACACACACACACACACACACACACACAUGGUACAUACUCGCAUACGUAAACACACACACACCACACACACACAAACAUACACACAUGUACAUACUUGCCAUUACGUACACACACACACACACCACACACACACACACAACACACACACACACACACACACAGGACAUUGUACAGACCGCAUAAGUUACACACAACACACACACACACACACACUUUACUACUCGCAUACGUACACACCACACACACCACACACACACACACACAUUGUACAUACUCGCUACGUAACACACACACACAACCACACAAACACACCACACCUUGUGUAUGGUAACGUUGGUUCUUACAUGAUCUUAAGCUACAGGGUGUAUUUGCGAGCACAGGACUGGAAUAUGUUUCGGGAUAGGAGUCAUCUUGAGUUUUACCAUAUCGACGACAUCGUCCACACCGGUUGACUAUACUUAGUACGCGCGUUCUGAAAAAUAUUCAGACCCCGCCUUUUCCACAUUUCGCUACGGUUACAGCAUGAUUCUAAAUUGAUUAAACAAAUUUUUUUUUCCUCAUCAAUCUACAACAAUAUGCCACUAAGACAACGCGAAUCAGGCAAUGUAUUACAAAUAAAAAAAACGCAUACCUUAUUUCGUAAGUAUUCAGACCCUUUGUUAUGAGACUCGAAAUUGCGCUCAGGCGCAUCCUGUUUCCCAAUGAUCAUACUUGCGAUGUUUCUAAACCUUGAUUGGAGUCCACCCAGUGGAAAAUUCAAUUGAUUAGACAUUAUUUGGAAAGGCACACACAUGGCUAUAUAAGUCCCAAAGUGACAGUGCAUGUCAGAGCAAAAACAAGCAAUUGAGGUCGAAGGAAUUGUCCCCCGGAUAAAGCUCAGAGACAGGAUGGUGUAGAGGCACCAGAUCUGGGGAAAGGGUACCCAAAACAUUUCUGCAGCGUUGAAGGUCCCAAGAACACCGUGCUCCAUCAUUAUUAAAUCCCUCUUCCCUCCAUCCCCCCAUCCCUCUCUCCCUCCUCCCUCACCCAAUCCCUCUCUCCCUUCCUCCUCCCCCAGUCCCUCCCUCUCCCCUCUCUCCCUCCCUCCUCCCCCCGAUCCCUCUCUCCUUCUUGUCUCUCCAGGUGAGCGCAGGCGUGGCGCGGUUCACCCAAGCCUCCCGAGUCUAUGGAGCGUCUCUGGAGCUGUACUUGCAAUCGGGGGCGAAAGGCGACAGGCGCAGCCCAGAAACAGAAACGAGCCCAAACUACAAGAACCUGGGGAGAGGAGGAGGAGGAGGAGGACGAGGCCGGGGGAGGAAGCGAGGAGGGCUUGGAGGAUGGAGAGAGGAGAGGAAGCUCCAGGUAAGAAGGGAGUGUAAAGGGAUCGGCAGGACUAGUGGGGAGAGUGGAAGGUGAGUGCAACGACGUGUGAGUGGUACAGGAAAGGACAACUACAUAUCCCAUCACCAACCCUGGGAUUAACCUACCCAGCAGCCAGUGCGGCAGUGGCCCUCUUCCCAAAUACUGUCACCCUCUGAAAGAAAUUAUAGUGACAGAUCCAUAGAUUUAAAAUUCGAAUCAAAUUCAUAUGAAACUGUUAGUCAGUGUCUCUCUGUCUCCCCCUCCUAAAGACUGAAAUAAAUAGGACCGUUUUAUCAUUGAACACUAAAAAUCCAGUGGCGGACCAGGCAUGCCUUCUCACUCUGUGAAUGCCGGUCACCACUGGUACCAUGGUUACAACGGUCACUACCACAGUCCCCAUGGUUACGCCUGUGUCUACCCCGGUUCCAUGGUUACACCAAGUAUCAUCCUGUGA